GCCUAUCUUCCGAUCCCAAGUUAGAAUUAGGCUGAAUAUUGGAUCAAACUCAGCAGUACGUGAUGUACGCUGGGACUGCUUCGGAGCAUGUGAAACAGAGUCGAGGAGGUGAAACGGACGUCCUCAAUCACUACUGCACGUCUUACAAAACAUCCUAUGGACAACACUGGGAACCAUUCAAGCCGAAGACUGUAUCGCUUUACGGAUCCGGUUUUGUUACAAACGAAAGACCAGUUAUUCAAUAUACUCCAGGCAUGGAUGAUAUAGACAAUAGAAAAAUGAAGUUUGUUCAGCCUUUUUUGCUGUUAAAUCCUACUCAGAGAUGUACUAGAGACAAACUAUCUCUCUGUAACGCAUAAAGACUUUGUCCAGUACUCCACACAGGAUGGCCGAGAACCAAUUCCUUCACUCUCCAGAUUUAACCUGCCUAGUAAAUAUGGAAAACCCCAUUUGAAGGUAAUUUUUCACUUGAGGUCAAUUUUCCAACGGUGUUCUGCAGGACAACAUGACCUUGAUAGAUGACAAUCUAAAAGGAAGCGUAACUUCUGUACUACCAAAGCACACGCCUUUGCUUCAUUCAAAACGCACUAAGGGAGAGAUUGAAGCCGAAAAUUAUGGUUUUGUAAUUCGCAGCUCAUUACGUUAUUCUUUCGCCUAACAGGGUCCGAAUAGAAAUCAGUCAACUUAUCAGGCUCAGUUUGGAAGGCCUUUAUUACCUAAAGACAAGCUGGCGCGCUUCCAGCUGGGCCCGAAAGAGGAAACAGGAAGCACUCGCAACAACUGCAUGGAAGAUACUCUAACCGGUCGUCCUAUUUCACCUCACCUUAUGAGCGAUUUCCGCGGACAAACGGAUAGGCCGACUGGGCGGACAAACUAUAAUGAUGAAUAUGUGCCAUAUGGAAGACCGGAUGGUAAAGAGGCUUUCGCACGCUGGAUUGCCCCUCCUGCCAGCACACACAAGGACAGUUACGUCAAGGAAACCAAAGUUUGGCCUGACUAUGUUCCAGUUCACCCUACCAACGUUUAUGAUAAAGCCAAUGAGAUCCCAGAAAGAAAACUUGAUUGGUUAAAGAAAAAUGAUCCGGCCGAAUAUCAGAAUGCUAUACACGCCUACAAAGAGCCAAGCAUGGAAAAAGGCACAUACCUUGGGCAUCAAGUGGAACCACCAAGUAAGGUCACCAAACUGGGCAAACAAAUUUCUGGACCGCUUACGUCGACUGGCUUCACAUCCAAUGAACAUGGACAUGUGGAAUAUGAUGCAGGGCCUCCGGAUCGAUUCGUCACUCAUUAUAUGACUCGAUUUUAUGAGCCACCGCCGGGAGCGAACCCCCAGGAUCGAGAAGGUCAUGUUCACUUCAAUGUGCAACCCACGAAGGUCAAUGUGAGGGCAACUGAUGCUGGUAUCAACAAGCUCGAGCCUCAGGAGACUGCAUUAUCGAAGCUUGAUUGUUUGCCAGCGUAUCAAGCAAGGAGCGUCCUUGCACGGGAUCAAGUUGGAUUGCAAUCCUUGCGGAGAUCGCUGUGUUAGAGAAAAACAGAUGGGUGAUUCUGCGUACAAGAGAUCAUCAUCCCACCACAAGCCCCCAACGUUUAGUAUCCUUAAACACUACACAAAUACUGGAAUAUUAAUUUCUUUC